AUAUCGAAGCAUGGCCCAGGUCAUCGAAAGCUGCACCUCAAUCUGAGUAUUGAUCUUAUGCAGCCAUGGCUGGCCUCAUGUCAGAUGUCUGUGCGAUUUGGGAACCAAGUACGAAGGAUCUGUGGAAAAGCAGCAUGUUAACUAGGCAGCUGCCUCUCGAAUCAGCUCUACCGAAUCAGUCACGAAUUUCGUCCAAGCAGCUUUAUGAAAUAGCAGAGAUAUUCACGCGCAAUAAUGCACACGGCAUCUUGGGUCUGCAUUUACUACAUCGCCAUUUCGAUAUACCCGUUGGCACUGUUCUGUUGGGCUCUACAUGGAGCAAACCAUAUUGCCGAUGGACAACAGCUACUGAAAUCGAAGGCACAGACUGGUCUGAGACUGGUGGAGCUGUUUUUAUACUCACAGCAGAAGGUUGGCACCCAUAUGAAUACCUGAGAAAUGGCAAGCCGGACCUUUCCUGCGUGAAGCCUGGUUUUCUUCCUCAGAUAACCGAAUACCUCGUCUCCAACCAGCUGUCUCAGAUCCUUGGUCUCCAAAUUCUUGACCGUAGUCUUCACACAGACCAGCAUCUAAUCGAGCUCUCUUUGAGCGAGAUGUCAGUGAUGUUUUUCGCCUCUGAUCUCAAGGGGUGUGUGCCGACGAGACAGACGGGCUGGAGGUUUGAGCUACACGAUGGGCAACCUCGCGUAUGCCAGUACAACGAAUCCCAUGGUGCUCGACCAGAUGGCUCACAUGACAUUUACAAUCAAGGUCAGCUUGAUCUGCAGUAUGGGGACUUUGAAAUGCUCAGAUAUAGGCUCAUGCGUGAUGGUUUUUUGAAGAUCGAUUCUUGAGUUUCCGUGAAUGCGAGCACAGAUCUUGCCACAAGAGAAAUCUCAUUAUUUAUCACGCGCAAUCCUGUAACAAAUCAACAGCUGGAGAGUUUCGAUGUACGCGGAAUCCCAAUUCGGUUUAAUCACUUAUUUUGGGCUUAACGCUGAAGGGAAAUCCGUCAAAACAUAAGAAAACAUGCCUGAUACUGGGAGAGGAUAUGACCAUCUUCCUGUAACCGAUAUCAACAUCAAUAUGGAGACAUUGUCAGAGCACGAAGUAAAUUGAGUUAGCUGAGUACCUAAACAAAGGACAUGAGAAAUGAUAUGAGAUGCACUAUUGCCCUUCGGCAAGCCGCUUCCUGGGCCGUUUCAACACGUCCUGGGCCGUAAAAGAGAUAACUUAUUGAAGUUUGUUGCGUUGAGAAAGUAUAUGCGGCGUCCUGUUACGGCGGGCGUCCCGCCAUGCAGGGGCCAACGGGUAUAUUAAUGAUCUAUCUGACAACAUUGUAGUGACUUAGCAAUCUCCAUCCCUUCAUCAUUCUCGUCUUCGGAAUCCGACUCGAUGUACAUUGUGAAGUAAGGGUUUUCAUCGGGCAGAAUGGUGACUCGAAGCUCUUUUGUUUUCUUGAGUCUUUCGAUUUGAAGCGCGUGGCUGCUCCACAACUUUACCAAUCGUGUCAUAUUGUUGUACAGAAUCUUAGUGCCGAGCCAGCGUCGUAAAUGCUCAUCGCGUUGAUGCUCAUCGUGGGAAAGACAACUUUGCAUUUGGCGAAUUAUCUCGGAAUUUGGGACAGUCCAAGUAUUGUUAUUAUCU